AUGACAGUCUCUAAAUCUCCCUUGCAACUCCUUUUUAUGGGUACAGGGACAUCAACAGGAUUGCCUUUAACGCCAUGUUUGACUAAAUCGAAUCCUUAUCCUGAAGCGUUCAGUGAUAUGGUACCACUUCUUCGAGCCACCGAAUCAUCCAAUUCACCUUUGGCUCAUGUAAAAGGAACAUGGAAUCCCGACGGAGAAUUCCCUUCGAAUAUCCCUUGUCCAUGUUGUCGUUCAGCGGUAGAUCCAGAUGUCCCAGAAGGAUACAAGAAUAAAAGAGGAAACACGGCUGUAUUACUCAGAAAGAAAAACAAGAAUGGCCAAUACAAAAACGUUCUAGUGGAUGUAGGGAAAACAUUCAGAGAACAAGCUGGAAGAUUUUUUCCUAAGUGGGGUGUCAAAACUAUUGAUGCUGUUUUGUUGACACAUGGACACGCCGACGCGUAUUUCGGCUUAGACGAUCUCAGAGAAUGGUGUAUAAGACAAGGACGUGCGAUACCCGUAUAUCUGAAUCAAGAGACUUAUGAGAAAGUAGCAGAGGCUUUUCCAUAUAUGGUUGAUAAGACGAAAGCGUCUGGAGGUGGUGAUGUUCCGCAAUUGAUAUGGAAAAUCAUAAAAGAUGAUGAGGACUUUGAAGUUGAAGGUAUCGAUGUGAAAGUCUUAGCAGUUCACCAUGGAAUAUAUUUCCAUACAAUCUCUCCAGCACCUGGUCCCACCCCUCAGUCUACACCCAAUGCACCUCCAUCAAAACGUAUCGAACCCGAACCUCUGAUAUGCCUAGGGUUCAUGUUCGAUAAUGAAAUAGUAUACAUUUCCGAUGUCAGCUCGAUACCCGAAUCUACGUGGGAGAGAAUGUCAAACCGAUCAUCUCUAAUCAAUUCAACGGAUCCAUCAAUAUUAUCAGCAAGUGAGACAAUAUCUGUCGAUGGAGAUUUAACACAAGCAAACGAUAAGAAUAAAUUACCUGUUCUCAUAAUAGAUGCAUUAUGGCCUCUUCGACCACACGCCUCGCAUUUCUCUUUACAACAGGCAUUACAAACUGCCUUGAGAUUGAAAGCACAAUAUACAUAUCUGAUAGGUUCAACGCAUCCAACGACACAUUUCAUGUGGGAAGAAAUCUGUCUUUCCUUAUUUGAUGAACAUGGAGAAAGGGAUCAUCCAGAUAGAGUACAAAGUGAUUGGUUAGUAAAUAAAGUCAAAGAAAAAGUAUUCACAAGUAAGAAAGGUCAAGGAAUAGGAGAAGAGUGGAAGAAUCAUGGAGGAGUAGUAAGGCCGGCAUGGGAUGGAUUAGUCCUAGAAAUUCUCGAAGGAGACGAAACGAAAGAUGUCGAAAGACAAGAUUUGAGCACCAGAGGAUUGGUCUUUUAG